AUGACGGACGCCGAGAAGGGCUUUGGCAACGGCAAACAAAGCUCUGGGAGUAGUGACCACACUGCACAGGAUGCAGCCGUGGCUUUUGCUGGGCAGGACGAGCCCAAAGGACCAUGGAAGACUCGAUUCAUCGACAGCUUCAAGCGAGAUCCGAACGCGACAGUGAUGAAAACCCCGUUGGGCAACACCAAAGGAGAAUAUGACCAUGCAGCAGCUGCUCAAGCUACUGCCAACACAACACUCUCGAGGAAAUUAAAAGGCAGACACAUGCAGAUGAUUGCUAUCGGUGGAUCAAUUGGUACUGGUCUCUUCGUUACUUCCGGAGCGGCCCUCUCUACAGGAGGUCCCGCAUCACUAGUCAUCGCCUUUGGAAUUAUUGGUAUCAUGAUAUUCUGCACUGUCCAAGCUCUUGGAGAGAUGGCUGUCGUAUUCCCUGUCUCUGGAUCUUUCUCGGCAUACUCAACACGUUUUCUUGACCCAGCGUGGGGUUUUGCAAUGGGAUGGAACUAUGCCGUGCAGUGGCUAGUAGUAUUGCCGCUUGAAAUUGUAGCGGCAUCAAUUACGUUACAAUACUGGCCUGGAGCACAGGAUACAAACGCUGCCGCAUUUGUGACCAUUUUCCUCGUCGUCAUUAUCUGUAUCAACUUCUUCGGAGUGCGCGGAUACGGAGAAGCUGAAUUUGUUUUCGCCAUUAUCAAGAUCACCGCCGUGAUUGGAUUCAUUAUUCUUGGAAUUAUUUUGAACUGUGGUGGAGGUCCCAAUGGAGGAUAUAUUGGAGGUCGUUUCUGGGAUUCUAACAGUGUGCCUGCAGACUAUGCAGGAUACACCAAAAAUGGACAGCCAGCAGGCAGCAUUGCAUCUGGUGCUUUUAACCAUGGAUUCAAAGGUCUUUGCUCCGUGUUCGUCACUGCUGCAUUUUCCUUUGCCGGAACCGAGCUUGUCGGUCUUGCUGCAGCCGAAGCCCAGAAUCCGCGAAAGGUUCUUCCCACAGCCAUCAAACAGGUGUUCUGGCGUAUCGCUCUGUUCUACAUGGUCGCUCUCACAAUCGUGAGUUUGUUGGUACCAUACGGUGAUGCUAGACUUCUGGGUUCUGACGGUGGUGGAGCCAAGGCAUCCCCAUUCGUCAUCGCGAUCAACAAUGCCGGGAUUUCUGGUCUACCCAGUGUCAUGAACGUGGUUAUUCUCAUUGCUGUCUUGUCUGUUGGCAACUCUUCGAUUUACGGCUCUUCUCGUACCCUUUGCGCUUUGGCAGAACAAGGACAAGCACCCAAGAUAUUCGCCUACAUCGACCGUACAGGUCGUCCCCUGGUAUCCAUCGGUGUUGCAUCUACGCUUGGUCUUCUCUGUUAUGUUGUAGCUGGUGGAGCCGAUACUGCCAACACAGCACUGAACUGGCUGUACUCGCUCUCUGGUCUCUCAUCCAUUUUCACAUGGGGUUCCAUUUGCUUGGCCCACAUUCGAUUCAGAUCGGCAUGGAAGAAGCAAGGACACACGCUCGACGAGCUUGCGUUCACGUCGCAGGCAGGUGUGUAUGGUUCAUGGCUUGGCUUCAUCCUCAACUGCUUGGUUUUGAUUGCUCAGUUCUGGACUGCUGUGUGGCCCGUCGGCUACGCCAGUCUCAGCCCCUCUGGAAUCGCGAAGAACUUCUUUCUUGCGUAUUUGGCCGCUCCUGUCGUGAUCUUGUUUUACGUUCCGUACAAGAUUUACUACAACACUCCGAUCAUGAGAACUUCGACUAUCGAUUUGAAGACUGGUAGGAGGGAGUUGGACACCCCGCUGUUGAUCCAACAAGAGCGAGAAGAGCAUGCCAGAUUGCCAAGGUGGAAGAGGAUCUACAAGAUUUUCUGUUAG